CUCGGCUGCCAGAGGGAAGCCGCUACCUGCUCCGGUGCGGAGUCGCUCCUCGCCGCGCGCCGACAGGGAGAGCAGCCGCCCCGCCGCUUGCCGCGCCCGCAGACGGCCGCGAGACGAGAGAAGUUGCCUCCGCGCUCCGCAGCCGGAGGGAAGAGCCCCGCGUGCCGCCGCCGUCUUCCCGCCGCCUCCCGGUCCCGCCGCGGGCAGGCGGGAUGAUGGAGCCCCCCGCCGCCGCCGCCCGCACCUCCUGCCGCCGCCGCCCGCUGCUCUGCCUGCUGCUCGCAGCCCUCUGCAUGCCGCCAGCUCUGGGAUUGUAUACAGUAAAUGCAGUAUAUGGAGACACUAUUACUAUGCCUUGUCGUCUAGAAGUACCAGAUGGUCUGAUGUUUGGAAAAUGGAAAUAUGAAAAGCCAAACGAAUCUCCGGUAUUUAUUGCCUUCAGAUCAUCAACAAAAAAGAAUGUACAGUAUGAUGAUGUACCAGACUACAAAGACAGGUUGAGUCUCUCAGAAAACUAUACAUUAUCCAUCAAGAAUGCAAGAAUCAGCGAUGAAAAGAGAUUUGUAUGUAUGCUAGUAACAGAAGAUGAUGUUUCCGAGGAGCCAACGAUAGUCAAAGUCUUCAAACAACCCUCUCAACCAGAAAUCUUGCAUCAAGCAGACUUCUUAGAAACAGAGAAGCUAAAAAUGCUUGGGGAGUGCGUUGUGAGAGAUAGUUAUCCUGAAGGCAAUGUUACGUGGUACAAAAAUGGGCGAGUUUUGCAGCCUGUGGAAGAAGUUGUGGUCAUAAAUUUGCAAAAGGUUGAGAACAGAUCUACUGGACUGUUCACCAUGACAUCAUCUCUUCAGUAUAUGCCAACAAAAGAAGAUGCAAAUGCUAAAUUUACUUGCAUUGUGACGUAUUAUGGACCAUCUGGCCAGAAAACAAUACAGUCUGAACCAGCUGUCUUUGAUGUUCACUAUCCAACAGAGAAAGUGACUAUUCGAGUGCUGUCACAAAGUAGUACCAUUAAAGAAGGUGAUAACGUCACUCUGAAGUGCUCAGGGAAUGGCAACCCUCCUCCACAGGAGUUCCUGUUUUACAUUCCAGGAGAAACAGAAGGUAUAAGAAGCUCAGAUACUUACAUAAUGACAGAUGUGAGACGAAAUGCAACAGGAGAAUACAAGUGCUCUCUGACUGACAAAAGCAUGAUGGACGCAACCACCAUCACUGUGCACUAUCUGGAUUUGCAGCUUACUCCUAGUGGAGAAGUCACAAAGCAGAUUGGAGAGGCCCUGCCUGUGUCAUGCACAAUUUCUUCUAGUAGAAAUGCAACUGUGUUCUGGAUAAAGGACAAUACCAGAAUGAAAACAAGUCCAUCAUUUUCAAGUCUGCAGUAUCAAGAUGCUGGAAACUACAUCUGUGAAACUACUCUACAGGAAGUUGAAGGGCUAAAGAAAAGAAAGACACUUAAACUUAUAGUGGAAGGAAAGCCUCAAAUCAAAAUGACAAAGAAAACCAAUACAAAUAAAAUGUCUAAAACAAUUGUCUGUCACGUGGAAGGAUUUCCCAAACCAGCAGUGCAAUGGACAGUUACUGGUAGUGGAAGCCUCAUAAAUAAGGCAAAGGAGACCAAGUAUGUUAAUGGAAAAUUUUCCAGUAAAAUUAUAAUUGCUCCUGAGGAAAAUGUAACAUUAACAUGCAUUGCAGAAAAUCAGCUAGAAAGGACUGUGACCUCUCUGAAUGUCUCUGCUAUAAGUAUUCCAGAGUACGAUGAACCAGAGGACAGAAAUGAUGACAACAGUGAAAAGGUUAAUGACCAGGCAAAACUAAUAGUGGGGAUUGUAGUCGGUCUUCUGUUGGUUGCCCUGGUUGCAGGUGUUGUCUACUGGCUCUAUGUGAAGAAAUCAAAGACAGCGUCAAAACAUGUAGACAAAGAUCUCGGAAAUAUAGAAGAAAAUAAAAAACUAGAAGAAAACAAUCAUAAAUCUGAGACUUAAGAGACAAAAUGUGUCAGUCAUCAUUCCAGAGAAUACAUAUAGACCAAUUGAAGCAUGAACGUGGAUUGUAUUUAAACGUAUACAAAGAAGUGACAGCUAUUCAUGGUUCAAGUAUUAAACAGAUCAUACUACCAAGUUUUCAGCGGAUUUUAGACACAAUUAUCUCAAGCUAAAACAAACAAACAACCAACAACAACAAACAAAACAACAACAAAAAAAACCCAACCCACAGAAUAACUAAUUUUGGCAACAGCCAUGAUAAUAGGUCACCAUGUUGUGUUCUGUUUAAACUAUUUUUUUGUAAAUGUCUGCACUGAAGAUUUCUUUUUGUUUGCCUUUAUGUAAAUUUUUUACGUAGCUAUUUUUAUACACUGUAAGGCUUUGUUCUGGGAGUUGCUGUUAUUCUGAUGUAUAGUGUAAUGGUUUGAUUUCAAUUGUUUUUAUGGCACCCUUUGGGCAGGUACAUGUCUAAUUCUGAUUGUUAUCAGUGAAACCUCUGCUUUGUAGCAAAUACCUAAAGCGUAAGAUUGUCUUAAAGGAAAACAUUGAUCUCCUUUUUCAUUUUUUAGAAGUCACAGUAAAGAGGAGAGGUGACAAUUGUGACAAAAAUAAGCCGAAUUGUUAAUAACAGUGAGAAUUUAAGAAAGCCGAGGGAAAGCGAACAGCCAGAAAGGGAAUAAAGAAUUUCAAUGGAAAAGGCUGGGGGCUGAGCAAGGAACACAGUGAAACACUCAUAGCCUACGUGCAGAUGGUGGCCUGUGGUCCUUUCCUUCUAAAGCAAGGCGUACGUUUUACUCAUGCAUUGCCUGUUGUCCUUCGUGUUAAAAUUAGGGUAAGGAACUGGAUUUCUGGUUUGGUUUUGAUUCCUUUACGUUAUCCGCUGCCUUAAAGUACUGUACCUUUUCUUCAUUUCAAAGAGAUAUCAGUCAGAAUUGGAGAUUUUUAAAAAAAAGUGGUCAUAUCAAAGCUGCAUUUUUUUCCACAAAAAUAGAAUAUAUAUAUUUUUUGUGUGUUUUGUUAACUAUGCUACAGAUAUUGAAUGCACCUUGAGAUAAUUUUAGUGUUUUUAACUGGUACCUAAUUUAUCAAACAGUACAUAUAAUUGUAACAAUGAAAUGUCUAUGUAUCUUUAGUUACAUUCAAGUUUGUAACUUUAUAAACAUGUUUUAAGCUUGAGGAAAUUUUUAGAAUGGUACUGAUAAGAAAAUGGUUUAGGGUGAAUGGCUGAUAGAGAAUUGUUGUUAAGGGAGAGGGAAGUUUCAUUCUGCGCGGAUGGAUCGUUUUGGGAAGAAAGUGAUAGGUGGAUUGAUGGAGAGGAACAGCAAAGCACGCAGAACAUCAGGUUUCCUUUUACAAAUAUCCAGGGAAAAAAGUAUGUUUUUAUAGACUGGUAGGCAAAAAAGAAUAUAAAUAAAUAAAUAAAAGAAAGAGAUGGACGUUAGGAAAUGUAUUUUGCCACUUUUGCAUUAUUUAGGGGGGAAGAAAACACUGUUACUUGUAAAUUUGUAAAAUGUUAUAUGUCUGGGCAGUAGUGACUGAUGUCUUAAUAAAAGCUUCCUGUAGUGCAUUGGCAUGGAUUAAAAUACAUAAGAAGUCCUAUAGACUCUAUGCUGUAUAAAAUAUUAGAGGGAAAUCCUGUUAUAUGCCUCUAAACUUUUGAUUUGUUACUGUUUUAUUUGGCAAAGAGGAGAAAAAAAAAUUAUAAUCUUGGUCAGUAUUUAAACCAAAGUAAAAUGGGGGAAAAACCAAAGUGAUUUGUUUUGCAUGGCUAAGCCAUUAUGUUAUCUCUGUAAAUAUUGUGAUUUUUUUUUUCUUUUUAGAAUUUUGUUAAAAAAAUUCUAAAAUUUUUAAACACCUGUUUUUCCAAAAUAAAACGUGAACACACAAAGCAGUUACUUUAUAUACAAAUCUAUCUUUUUUUUCUUUUGGUGCGAGAACACUGCCAAGUGAUAACACAUUUUUUUAACAAAUCACAGUGGGCGUGACUCUAAACAGGAAAAAGUUGCAACGGAAUACUGGGAAGGAGUAUGCAAAAAUCAACUGUCUGUUUAUAACACUACAAAUAGUUUUUAAACACAGAGAAGAAACCUCCAAAGAUCAUCAGGGAAAGCAUAGGGAAGGGUUGAAAAUGUUCGUACCACUGUCUUGGGAGCAUGGUGGAAGAAGAGAAGAAUAAAAGUCCUUCGACUUCCACAGCUAUGAGAAAGGAAUUAGAAGACCUUCUCAUCCUUUGGAAUUCUGCUAGAUCUCCUAUGCACUUUAAAUCGUCAGUCCUAGGAGCCGCGUUUUUCACUGCUCCACGUUCACUGUAGGCACGUUUCAAGAACCAAGAGCGCAAAAGAAUUGAUGUUUCUAUCCAUGCCUAAACAACAAUAAAACUGAAGUAUAUCUUCA